AUUUCGUUAGACUUUUAUUUCUAUGUAGAAAUCUGUGAAAUAUAUAUUAUUAUAUCCUUACAUAAUAUCAGGUACGCGCAUCUGUAAGAGAAUGUCGGCGCGCUUGAAUCAGCAGCAUUUGGCUUACGCUCAUCGUCGGGAGCAGGAGAAUAGUCGAGUGCAGGCCACACAGGAGGUGAAUCGCUAUUAUAACCAUUGGGGCAAGGUCACAUCACGCUUUGAUAACUGGACAAACAAGGAGUACUAUGAGAAGGCUGGCAAGAAAUUGCAAACCCAAAAGGAACAGCAGGAGAAAGAAGUGGAACUAAAUGAAAGACGGGCGAAAUUGCGUCAUCUUCUGGAUAUGGAGAACGAAGUUUACGACUCUGAACUGGGACGCAAGAGGAAGACGCGUGAGAAGGCAGCAGAAGAUCUACAAUUGUUGGGCCGGGUCAAUCAGUCGCUGAAGGAACAGGAGCAACUCAAACGAAAACUAGAGAUGGAAGCCAAGCUUUAUGGCCGCUGGCGUCAUGGUGUGGAUGAUGAGGAGUUGCUUUAUAAAUCAAAGUCAAACAAUGAGGUUUUGGCCAAACUUAACUGGCUGGACAAGCAAAUCGAAAACCAACAACAAAAAGAGCAACAGGAAGCCUUGGCUGCCGAACGCCAAAUGCAACUACAUAAGGAUAUGCUCCGCAUCGAACAGACCCACAAGGAACGUCAGCUGAUACGAGAACAAGAGAUUAAGGAACUACGCUCUCUGCAAGAGACCCACAUGACGGAGUUAAAAGAACGCCAGCAGGAGGCGGAUAAACUUAAGAUGGAGGAGCAACAAUUUCGUAUUUUUCUUGGCGAACUGAACAAAGAAAAGCAACUGUUAGAAGAAAGCACGGCUGUGGUGCUCCAGGAGCCAGACAUCUCAAAUGCCUUCAAUCUAAAGAAGAUCAAAGUAUUUAUUCGCCAACGCAGUGAUACAAACCGCAAGCAGAUUACCCUAUGCAUUAAUCUGCUCGAACGAAUGUCUAAAUAUGUAGCCAAGAUAGAGGAUCUGGAAUCCCUGCUUGCCAAGUGCAAGAAGCAAUUGGAGGAAGAAGCUUUGGCUAGCUCCCAGAUAGACGCCAUGUACGAAUCGGAAGCAAAGUACAAUUUGCAACGCUGUGAGGACAACUGGCGUGAGCAGCACUUGGAGCGCUAUUCCACUCUAUCCAAACUUAUUGACCAGGAGCAUCAAUGUCUCAGUGGUCUCCUUCAGGAGAACAUUGCCCAGCAGCAGGUGCUGGUUGAGCUGCGUAGCACACAUUUGGCCGGCAUAGAGCAGGCCAACAAACACCUGGAGCAGCUUAGCAAGGAACAGGCCAUGCCAGAUCCAGAAUUGUUGGCGGAAACAACAUCUCAGCAGAUGGCUAGUGAAACAGAGAUAUCAGCUACCUCUUCGUCUUCUUCAUUGGAUCUGCCGGCCAAAGUGGCCGACUCGUUCUCGAAUCUCAAUCUUGAUGUGUGGGAGAGUCUGCCCCCAGUACGCGGUGGGAUCGAUUCACCACGCCUUAGCAAGACUCGCUCCAUGAAUGUGGUCAACUCGGAGACGGCUGUGCCGCCUAAAUUCGCCCGCAAACGCGUGGCGUGGACUUAGGCCACCAUUACACGCUUAAUUCUUUCCCCGUAAACAAGAAAGAGAAGAUUUUCCAACUAUUUUUGUAUUGUAGCUUAAAUUUCAAUGGUAUUAUUAGUCGUAGCUAGGUAAUGCAUCUAACAAUCGUUCAAUGUUCAAUAGUUUUCUUUCGCUCUCGCUUUUGUGCUUACUGUAAACUGAGUUUGGAACACACACUCCCUAGUACUAUCUCCAGUUGAUAAGACUGAUGAUAAGAGCGCUCCAACUUAAAUUCCUCCAGUCUGCGAACUGGUAAAAAAUAAAAUGUAUAAUUUAUGAAUGUCUAAGCCAAA